AUGAAUGAGUGGGGGAGGGCAAAAACGCGCUCCAAACAUCCAUAUCAAACCAAGGAGACCUGCUUCCCAAAUUGAGUGUGCAACACACAGAGCUUGGCUUAGUCGUGCGGUUCCAAUACUGAGCGAGGAGCAAUAAAAAAAAAAAGGCUUUUGAAAGAAAUUAUCGAUUUAUAACAAUAUGGUAAAAGGAGAGGGUGCGGAGCAGUAUUCCGCGUCAAGUCUAUUACCAAAAAAAACAAGAAGUCGAGAUGGAAUCAAAAUUGUCAAGCGGCGGGACGAAAGCGGCCGUCUAUCAGUGUGCAGUAAGUUGUGCUAUGCCAUUGGAGGGGCUCCCUAUCAGAUCACUGGCAGUGCUCUGGGCUUUUUCCUCCAGAUCUACCUGCUGGAUGUGGCCCAGCUGGACACAUUCUAUGCCUCUAUCAUUUUGUUUGUGGGCCGGGCCUGGGAUGCAGUGACGGACCCAACGGUGGGCUUCCUGGUGAGCCGGAGCAGAUGGACCCGGUGUGGCCGGAUGAUGCCCUGGAUCCUCAUCUCCACUCCCUUUGCAGUACUCGCGUACUUCCUGAUCUGGUACGUCCCUCCAGUGGAGCAGUGGAAGGUCCUGUGGUAUCUGAUCUUCUACUGCCUAUUCCAGUCUCUGCAGACGUGCUUCCAUGUGCCAUACUCAGCGCUCACCAUGUUCAUCAGCAUGGACCAGAAAGAGAGAGACUCUGCCACGGCCUACCGUAUGACGGCGGAGGUGCUGGGCUCGGUGGUUGGCACAGCGAUCCAGGGGCAGAUAGUGGGUGGGGCGAUCACCCCCUGUCUCCCGGGUGACCUGGAAGUUCUUGACAACGGUAACACCACACUGCUGGGGUCAGACGUCAACAUCUCCCACAUAUCCCUGGAUGAAACGAAACGAGCGUACCUCAUUGCCUCAGCAGUCAUCUGUGUCCUGUACGUUCUCUGUGCAGCAGUCCUGUUCCUGGGAGUCAGAGAGCAGGAAGAGUAUGGGCGUCUGAAGACUGAGCCCAUGUCGUUCUUUGAGGGCAUGAGGAUGGUGAUGGGAUAUGGGCCGUAUGUCAAACUGGUCAUGGGAUUCCUCUUCACGUCGCUGGCCUUCAUGCUCCUGGAGGGGAACUUUGCCCUGUUCAUCAGCUACACCAUGGGCUUCAGAAAUGACUUUCAGAACAUUCUCCUGGUCAUUAUGCUCUCUGGGACUUUGUCCAUUCCAUUCUGGCAAUGGUUCCUGACCAGAUUUGGGAAAAAGACUGCAGUCUACAUUGGCAUCACGUGGGCAGUGCCCUUCAUGAUCCUGAUCGUCUGCAUAGAGGGCAGUCUGAUUGUGGCUUAUGUAGUCUCUGUGGCAGCAGGGGUCAGUGUGGCUGCGGCGUUCCUCCUACCCUGGUCGAUGCUCCCAGAUGUGGUGGAUGAUUUCAAAGUGAAGAAUCCAGACUCUAGUGGCCACGAGGCCAUUUUCUACUCUUUCUAUGUCUUCUUCACCAAGUUUGCCUCAGGAAUCUCCCUCGGCAUCUCCACUCUCAGUCUCGACUUUGCCGGCUAUGUGACAAGAGGCUGCUCGCAACCUGAUGCAGUGAAUUUAACCCUGAAGGUGCUGGUCUCAGCUGCUCCUGUUGUUCUGAUAUUCCUAGGGCUGUUGAUAUUCAAGACCUACCCCAUCGACGAGGAGAGGAGGCAAGGCAACAGGAAACUACUGCAGGCGAUGCGGGACGGCAAUCAGGAUUCCGAUACAGAGUCCACAGAGCUUGGGAGCGUUGUGUAGGAGCCCUGAGAGAGGGGACGGGGGUCCAGCCGAAAGGCCACAACUGUCCCGCGUGUUUGCACUGGCAGGCUGGAGUGUUUGGGGUUUCAUUGGAACUAACAGUAGGAAAACCAGACGACACUGGCUGCUUCCUACCUGAUGCUACAUGAACGCAAUGGCCCUUGUCUCCAAAGGAUUCAACUGGCUUACAGAGACCCCUAAUGGACAUUCUGAGUCAUCGCCCUCUGUGCCCUGUCUAUUGCCUGCUGUACUAUGUAUUUGUGGAAUUGGUUUAUGCGUCUGUUUGUUCGCAUAACAAACAUUGGUUUGGGAUUAUUUAUUUUGGGGGGAGGCAUUUACCCUUCAAAUCUAACAUUUGAAUGAUGUUUGUCUACCUGAACCAAGUAUUAUUCUCAGCUGAGGGAAAAAAAUAUUUUCCAUCCAGAAAGGGUGGUCCCCAUAGAGGGAAGAUUUCAGUCCUCAUUUUUAGGGCAUACCAGUAACUUGUUCUAUGUAGACUGUUUUAUAUGGUUGUUUUAAUGUAAAUAAUAUUCACUUAUCUCGAUAGUAAUACCCUCCUUUAGGGACGUGGAGAGCACAUAACUGUUCCAUUUCAGACAAUCUUAUCCAUUCACUGGAAUUAUAUUGGUGUAUUGUGGGGAAAAGGAACCUUUAAAAAUAAACUAACCUUAAUGAACUCA